CAAGAUAAUCUGAGAAGAUGCCAACCUGAUAAAACAGACAAAGAUUUGAAAUACUUUCAAACACUCAUAUAAAUUUCAGAAGAGACCUACACUGGACAGAAUGUUCGCUUCGACGUCACAAAGAAAUGAUGAUGGUUUGCGGGCGUCUUACAAUAUCUCGUUACUUACAGCAAAAUCCGGAAAACCGCAUACUAUCGGUGAGAAGUUAAUUUUGCCAGCCAUUGAAGAGGUUUUAAAAACUGUUUUACACAAACCUGCAUCUGAUAUCAUUAGAAGAAUUCCCUUAAGCAACAAUACUGUUGAAAGACGUAUUGAUGAAAUGAGUUCUGAUAUUGAAAGCUUCUUAUGUAAUUAUUUGCAAACGACGCAUUUCUAUAUACAACUGGACGAGUCAACUUUACCUGAUAAUGCAGCAUUAUUAUUGGCAUAUGUUCGUUUUAUUAUGAAUCAAGAAAUCUACGAAGAACUGCUCUUCGCAAGAACUUUGAUAACCGACACUAAAUGUGAAUCAAUGUUUCAUGUUUUGAAGGAUUACUUCAUUGAAAAAGCAAUUCCUUUAUCAAAUAUAAUAUCGGUAGCUACAGAUGGAGCACCUGCCAUGACAAGCUGCCAGGAAGACGACGUUUCAACUUACGUUCAACAUUUAAAUGCCCUCUAUUCAGAUUUUGAAUCUAGGUUUGAUAUUUUGACUAUGGUAAUACCACCGUGGAUAAUUAAUCCAUAUGGUGACAUAGAAGAAACGAAUGUCAUAAUACAAGAGGAACUGACUGAACUAAGUACAAACGAAGAACUUAAGGUUCAGUUUAAAAACGAAUAUCAGCAAUUCUGGCUGCAAAACAACAUACCCGUUACUUAUCCCGUAUUAUGGAAUAUAGCGAGGAAAUUUUUAAUUUCCUUUCCAUCGUCAUACCUAGUGGAAAGGGGGUUCAGCGCUGUUACCAAUCUCCUAACGAAAAAAGAAACAGACUGGACAUCAUUAGCCGAGGAGAUUUAA